AUGGUCGCUGGCUCGACCUUUUUCCUGCUCACAGCGCUGGCGCUCGGCCUCGGCACGUCGUCAGCGCAAGAUGACGGCGGGCUGUUCCACGCCGACCUGGGCCCCGUGGCACAGGGACGGAUCGACCCGAUCGUCAACCCGGGGCGGUUUGCAGCGCACGCGCACACAAUCUUUGGCGCGAGCAACUUCCGCAACGUGCUCAACACGCCCGCCGAGCAGCACAACGCGGGGUGCACGAGCGCGAGCUUCAGCGUCGACAAGAGCAACUACUGGAUCCCGACGCUGUACUUUAUCAACAGCGCCGGCAAGUACGAGCCCGUGCAGGCGCAUGGCGGGCGCGCAUACUACCUCAUCCGGGGGGACAAGAACGUCGCGUACCCCGACGGCUUCCGCGUCGUCGCCGGCACGGCGAACAACCGCGCCGCCGACGACGUGCGCAAGGCCGGCGUCGGGUACCACUGCAGCGAGCACGCCAACGGGCCGGCCAAGGUCAACCUCUACCUCCCGAACGGCAUGUUCACGUCCGUCGGCUGCGAGGACAUGGUGACGCGCGUCACGUUCCCCUCAUGCGGGUGGGCCAACCAGUCGCUCGACUCGUGGGACCACUCGUCGCACAUGACGUACCCGCUCAACGGGCCGCAGGGCGACGGCCUCAUGUACUACGACCCGUUCAGCGGCAAGGACUGCCCCGCGUCCCACCCAGUCAAGUACCCGACGCUCAACCUCGAGGUGUACUGGCGCCUCACCAAGUCGCAGCUGUCGCAGUGGCGCAGCGGGCCCGACGCGAUCAACUUUAUCUGGGCGAACGGCGACACGCACGGCACGACGCUGCACGCCGACUUUGUGUUCGGGUGGCCGCAGGACCUGUUCCAGAAGAUGGCCAAGGGGUGCUCGGACGCCAACUGUGCCGCCAACGAGUUCAAGGACAUCACCCUCACGCAGAACUGCCGCUUCCAGGGCAUGCUGCCCGACGAGGACCUGGGCUACAUCAACCCGCUCGACCAGCUGCCCGGGUGCAACCCCCGCUGGGACCUCUCGCAGGGCGACACCAAGCCGAGCGAGUGCCCGUGGUUCACGCACGAGCCGGGAUGGACGCCGCCCAACGCCGUCAUCAAGGUUGCUGGCGGGCAGAACCCCGUCGCGCUCGACUUGCCCGGCGUCAACCUCACGCGCGACAGCUUGAUGCAGUACACAAAGGACAAGGACGUGUACACUUUCCAGCCGGUGACCGACGUGCGCCACGAGUUCAACAACAACCCGUGGAUCAACCGCUGGUGGAACGGCACGCAGGCGGACAUUGACGCCAACAAGGUGCAGGACACCGCGGUCAACAAGCAACCCAAGGUCAUUGACAUGGGCGACUCGGCUGCCUUUGAUGCCAUCCUGCCGACGACUGCGCCCGUCGGCCAGGAGCAGUGGGCUACGACCAAGGAGGUCGGCACGUUCACAAAGUGGGAGUACCAGAUGACCCCGCCGGCAGGUGGCGCCAAGGCAGCCGCGGCGCCCAUGACGACGUCGUCGGCUGGCCUCCCGAGCGGGAACGUGCUCGCGGCGAACCCGUCUGGCUCGGCAAGUGCCACCGCCGAUGCCGCUGUGACAAUGGCCACUCCGUCCGUCGUCGACGCAGCUGCCAGCCCGAGCGCCACGAGUGCCUCGACCACGUCUGGCUCGGGCACGGCCGUCGCGCACCCCACCGGUGGUGUGGCCGGCACUCCGUCCGUCGAACCCGUCGCCGCGUCGGCCAACCCGUCCGCGGUCGGCACUCCCCUCGGCUCGGACCCUUCCUCCUCGUCGUCGUCGUCGUCCGGUGCCGCUGCUCCGUCGGCCGUCGGCACGCCCAUCGGCUCGGGCUCGCACGUUCCCGUCGCCUCGCCGCCGUCAGACGUCGGCCCAACCGCCACCCCGUCAGACUCUGGCACGCCGGUGGGCUCUGGCAAGCCGGCGGUCCCCACUACCGCGUCGACCACCUCGCCCACGGCCGCUGCCAAGCCAGGCCGGUGCCGCCCCAAGCACCGCCGCCGCCACUACCGCCUUUAG